AUGAUUAUGGCUGAUAAAGAAGAAUUAAGCAUCAGAUUGAAGAAGCUGCUGGUGAGAUUGAAUCUUCAUGAGGGAAAGCAGUUGGGCACUUUGGUUCAGAUCAUUCAAGAUCUUCUGUCCCUGUCCUUUACAGAUGACUGUGUUGAGCUGUUUGCAGCUAAAAAUGUCCAUGUGCCUCUGAUGCUGGUGCUGUCCUCACAUUUCAACAGCAAAGUUCAGCAGGUGGGCUGGUCUCUGAUGUGUCGUCUGAUGGAGAUCUGCCCCUCCACACUGGACAGCCUGGCUAACCCAGUGGACUAUCAGUUUUUAGCAGUGAACCAGCAGAUUCUGAAGGUGCUUUCCAUGUACCAAAAGGACUCCAAGAUGAUGAUGGUGGGCCUAAGAGCUCUGGUUCUGUUACUGAAGUCAGAUGAGAUUCUGAUGCAGGUUCUGGAUGAGGAGGAGGAGGAAUUGGAUGUGUUUCUUCUGGUUCUGGAGGCGAUGAGGUCAUUCAGUGACAGUGUGGAGGUUCAACUGCAGGGAUUUGCUUCUCUACAACUACUGCUGCAGAGAGUUUCAGAAGAUCAUUUGGUGGAGUUCAUUAAGAAGAAAGAUCAUGAGGUGGUUGUCAAUGCUCUCAGCAGCUUCAUGGACAGUGAGAAUGUAGUUCUGCAGGCUCUGAAAGUCCUCCUACCACUGGCUGAUCCAGCCAGCAAUGUAGAGAUGCUGAUGUCCAAAACAGUGAAAUGCUACAGUCUGACCUGCCGGGUCAUGGUCACGUGGCUCGACUCGGAGGCAGUACAAGAGACUGGGUGCUGUUUGUUGCUGAAAUUGACAUCAGAAAGUUACUACAAUAUUCUCGUGCUUUAUGGGGUUCAUAAAGUGGCAAUGAAAGCAUGUGUCACUUAUCCUGAGAAUGCAACGGUGCAGGUCACUGCUCUUUCCUGUCUGAGUGCACUAGCCGAGUGUAUAGUACAGAAUGAAGGAUUGGGCAGAGAUUGGGAUGAGGAGGUUGAACACAAACAGAAAUUGUUGGUAAAGAAUGAGUCCGCCCAAGCUGAGGAGACAUUGGUAUGGGUAGAGGCAUGUUACACGGCUUUACAGAAGCAUGCUGAAGACAUCAAAGUGCAGGAAGCUGCAUGUUGGGCUUUAAACAGUUUGCUGCUGUAUGGCAGAACAUCCAUCCAUGUGGAACUGGAAGGAAGGCCUCCUCUUCAUACACUCAUCAUGGCUGCAAUGCUCUUACAUUCAUCAUGUGUGGGGGUGUUACACGCUGCUUCUUGCACACUAGACACGCUAAUACAAUGCCACAGUAGGAUAAGAGCUUUGCUGCUGUCUCACGGAAUCCAUUUCAACAUCGUGGAUCUGAUGAGGAAACAUUCGAGCUCCAGCGAUGUGUGCAAAAGUGCCUGCAAACUGCUUCACACACUCUUCCAGGGAGCUAGGGCUAGUCUAGAUGAAGGAGCUCUGGUUAUUGGUCAGAUUCUGAUCACUCUAAAGACUCAUAACUUCCUUCCUGAAGUUCAGCUGGAGGGACUCCGAGCCAGUUUAGUGCUUCUGAACCCAGACAGGAGUUUAAGGGAACAUGGCAUCUCAGUGGCUGAUCCUGAUAUAAUGGACGUGUCCCUGCGGGUGCUGAAGAACCAGUGUGUACUAGAGGGAGCACACACUGUAUAUCUAGAGGCGCUUAAUAGAUUUAUCAGUAGUGCAGAGAUUCAGGAGUGUGGGCUUGGCGUUCUCUCUGCGCUAGCAGGCUGUUCUGGAGCUGUUGACCUCAUGUGCCAGCAGGGGGCGAUAGACACAGUACUGCACACACUGCAGAUGUUUCCAGAAAAACGGGAUAUUCACUACUGGGCUCUUAGUCUUCUAUUUCACCUCAUCUCCAAGAAGAAGAUUUCUCAUAUGAUGGUGCCUGUACUGACCUCAGUGCUGGUCAGCUCUGUACGGCAACACAAAGAAGACUCAGUCAUGCUCCUCAAGGGUUUUCAGGUGGUUUGGAAGCUGUUGGACAAGUGCUCAAGUACAGCAGCAGAGCUCCAGCGAGAGGGAUUUGAGAAAGAGAUCUUCCAGAUCCUGAAGGAGAGCAGUCCAGAUCGGCACAAAGAUCCAUUGCAGAGAAUCAGCUGCCUGUGCUUGUGUAAGAUGACAGCUGACAGUGACAUCACGUACAGUCUGUUAGAGAGAGCGUGUGAAGAUGGAGAUGUGGUCAUGACAGAGUGUCUGAUACAACUGGGCGCUGACAUCAACAAAAAAACAAAGACUGAUUCGCUCAUAUACCAGGUUUGUGAUCGUGGGGCUCCUCUGGCUUUGGUGGAGCUGCUGGUAUCUGCAGGGGUUAAUGAACAGCAGUUGCGUGGAGCUCUGGCUGUGUGCGUCAGGAGAGGGGAUGACCCUGCUGUCACCCUCUUACUCGCUCGUCUAGGGCUGGAUUACACCAACAGUGCCCUCUGCCUUGGGGGUUUCUGUCUCGGGCGAAUGAAAGCAAGCUGGCUCAGUGCACUACUCUCCGAGAGCAAAAACCUCAAGCCAACUAGCAACAACAUCAGUAAAGGUCAGUGUUUUGCAAGACAGAUCAUGGCGCUCCAGAGGAAGAAGGGGUUUUUGGGAGUCCCUAGAUAUGCUAGUGAUGUCAGAACAUCUGGAUAUUUGACCGAUGAGGAAAGUGACGAAUCACACAUCUCCUUAGAUGACAGCCUUGUCUUUAUGCUUGAUGAUAUGGAAAGUGACGAGAGUGAUGGAUCUCCAUGUGGACUAAUGCUUUACAGCGAUUCACCAGAACUGAGCAGGAAACCUGCUUGGAGACAACACAGUCGGCGUAGAUGGACCAAUUCAGAGGGAUGCCAUGUUGAGACUGAUCCACAUAAGAGGUUAAACUGGAACUCUCACAACUCCAGAGGGCAGGGAUUUGAAAGAUCCUCCCCCAGUCCUGUUCCUUUGGGUAUGGACAGAGGGCCCAUCCAUCUGCUGGAUCUGUCAGGGAAUGAGUUGGAUAGUCUAUCCUGUUUGAUGGACGAGAGUUCUGUUAAACAACAUAUUGAGAGUCUUCUGCAGAUCGAUCUGAGCAGCAACAGCCUGCCAGAGUUUCCCAGCGCUCUCUGUCAGAGCCUACGAAGUCUGACUCAACUUGAUCUGCAAGGUAACCAGCUGCAGUCACUUCCUGCGCAGCUCCUGGGUUUGCCUGCACUGAGCGUGCUCAAUGUAUCCCGCAACCGCAUUGGUCCACUUCUUCUGCUGGACCCGUCAGUGCGCAGCCCUACCUUACGCCAGCUCAACUUGUCCUACAACCAGAUCACUGUGUUCCCCUUUCAGUUGGGUCAGAUCAUGGACAAACUGGAGGAGGUUUCGCUGGAGGGGAAUGAAAUAUCAGAACUCUCUCUCCCACUCUGUCUGGCUGAAUUGAAAGUUUUAGAUGUCAGUAAGAAUCAAGUUAAAACGAUUUCAGAAAACUUCCUCACCGAAUGUGUCAAGAUGGAAACAUUUAAUGCCUCAUUUAACCAAAUCAAUUCACUGUGGCACCUUCCUUCAAAAAUAACCACCAUUAAAUUGUCACAGAACAGUUUUACAAGCAUUCCUGAAGUAAUUGUGAACCUGCCACAUUUGCGUUCAGUGGACAUGAGGAAUAACAGCAUAAGUGUUCUGCCAGGUCCGGAGGUCUGGCUCAGUGUGAACCUGAGAGAGCUGAUAUUCAGUCACAAUCACAUCUCUGUGCUGGACCUCAGUGGACCCGUCUACAAGUGGGCUCGACUCGAGAAACUCCUUCUGAGUGCCAACAAACUCGCUGAGAUUCCUCCUCAGAUUGGUCUUCUGGAGGACCUGAUGUCUCUAGAUGUUAGUCAGAAUGCAGCCCUGCACUCUUUUCCUGAUGAGAUGGGGAAGCUGCUCCGCUUGUGGGAUCUUCCUUUGGAUGGCCUGCAACUGCACCUUGACCUCAAACACAUCGGCAGCAAAACCAAAGACAUCAUCAGGUUCUUGCAGCAGCGUUUGAGGAAGGCCGUGCCGUAUAACCGAAUAAAGCUCAUCGUGGUGGGAAGCCCGUGCAGUGGGAAAAGCUCUCUGAUACAGCAGCUGAUGAGACUGAAGCGCUCACAGUGGAGAUGUGAUCAGCACAAUGUCGUCAUCAACAUCAGGGAUUGGACCAUCAGAAACAAAGACAAGAGGAGCAUGCUGCUCAAUGUGUGGGAGUUCUCAGGUGGUGAGGAGUGCGGUGGUCUUUACCCACAUUUCAUGAGCUCCAGAGCUCUGUAUCUGGUAUUGUAUGAUCUCAGUAAAGGACCCAGUGAACUGGACUCCAUCAAACCCUGGCUAUUCAACAUUAAAGCUAUAGCAGGCCAGUCUCCUGUGAUUGUGGUUGGCACUCAUGCGGAUGUCUGUGAAGAGCGGCACCUGCAGGAGUGUGUGCUGAAGCUGCGUGAGGAGCUGAUUUCUCAAACAGGCUUUCCAGUGAUCAGGGAGAAUCACAUACUGUGUGCCUGUGAGGACUCCGAGUCCAUCAGCAGGUUACGCAAAUCCAUCUACAGAGAGCUCUCUGGAUUCAAGAUCCAGGGUGAGCUGGUGAUGGGUCAGCUGAUUCCAGACUGUUACGUGGAGUUGGAGAAGAGAGUCCUGCAGGAGAGAUCUCGUGUUCCUUAUGAAUUUCCCGUGCUGAGACACAGCAGACUGAUGCAACUGAUACAGGAAACACACCUGCCGCUGGAGGAGGGAGAGUUAUCUCAUGCUGUACACUUCCUCAGCGAGGCUGGUGUCCUGCUGCAUUUUGAUGAUCCAGUUUUGCAGUUAAAGGAUUUGUACUUCAUUGACCCACAGUGGCUUUGUAACAUCAUCUCACAGACACUGACCCUGAGGGGUUCAGGUCAGUGGGACAGUGCUAGAGGAGUGGUACAGCGCUCCACUAUACAUACGUUUCUGGUUAAAAGCCGCUGUUUCCCUCAAGAUCACAUGACUCAAUACUUCAAACUGCUGGAGAAGUUUCAGAUCGCAUUGCCCUUUGGAGAGGACCAGUUACUCAUGCCCAGCAGUCUGUCAGAUCACAGGCCGGUGAUCGAGCUCCCUCACUGUGAAAACUCAGAGGUGGUCACUCGUCUGUAUGAGAUGCCGUACUUCCCCAUGGGCUUCUGGUCCAGACAGAUCAGUCGUCUGCUGGAGGUGUCAUCAUUCAUGCUCUACGGCAGAGAGAAAGCAUUGAGACCAAACCGGAUCUACUGGAGGAAAGGCAUUUAUCUGAAUUGGUCUGCUGAAGCUUACUGUCUGGUAGAGGCCUCGUCUCUGGAGGAGAACCCUGCCAGCUUCAUCAAGAUUACCGUCCCCUGUUCCCGCAAAGGUCAUGUGUUGUUGGGGCAGGUGGUGGAUCACAUAGACUCUCUUCUGGAGGAAUGGUUUCCAGGCCUCCUCACUACUGACGUCCUUGGCUCUGGAGAAACACUGCUGAAGAAAUGGGCUCUGUUCAGCUUUAGUGAUGGAAGACACUGCCAGAAGAUGCUGCUGGAAGAUCUGCUGUCCAACAUCAGUGCAGAUGGUUUGCUGGUCAAUCCAGAAGACCCUAGCUGUUCUCUGCCUAUCUCUCAGAUCUGUCCAGACCUGGUGCUGCAUGACCAGCCCUCCAGCACCAUACUGGAUCCUGAGGAGCUGGAGAUGGAGCUCUCCAAAGAGUAUCUGCUGGGUGGUGGAGGAUUUGGGUCUGUAUAUAAAGCUGUGUACAAUAAUGAGGAAGUUGCUGUGAAGAUUUUCAACAAACAUGCAUCUGCGCUUUAUGUUCACAGACUGAUGCGACAGGAACUGGCAGUGCUCGGCAGACUACGUCACCCCAGUCUGGUGGGCUUGUUGGCCGCUGGCUGUAACCCGCACAUUCUGGUGAUGGAACUGGCUCCUUGCGGCUCUCUGGACUCCGUAUUUGAGUGCGAGAACGGCAGUCUCAGCCGAAAACUACAGCACAGAAUAGCUCUGCAUGUGGCAGAUGGUCUCAGAUAUUUGCACUCCUCUAUGAUUGUCUAUCGGGAUCUGAAGCCACACAACAUUCUGUUGUUUAACCUGAAAACAGACUCUGAGGUCAUCGCUAAGAUCACAGACUAUGGCAUAGCACAAUACUGCUGCAGUAUGGGUGUCCGCAGCUCAGAAGGAACACCAGGGUUUAGAGCGCCUGAGGUUGCUCGAGGAAAUGUCAUCUAUAACGUCCAGGCUGAUGUGUAUUCUUUUGGUCUGCUGCUGUAUGACCUUUUGACUUAUGGUUAGAGGAUAUCUGAUGGGAUGAAGUUUCCCAGUGAAUUUGAUGAGGUGGCUGUACAGGGGAGACUACCAGAUCCAGUGAAUGAUUAUGGCUGUUCUCAAUGGCCGGGGUUUGAGUCUCUCAUGAGGGACUGUUUGAGAGAAAAUCCCCAGGACAGACCCACAUCUGCUGAGGUGUUUGACCGUCUGAAUCGUGCAGAGAUGUUGUGUCUGAUGCGAAAGCUGAAGUUGUCGAGUUUACCGGGCGAGUGUCUCGCCGUUUCUAACGCAGGUGGAGGUGUGAACGGAGGACGAGAUGUUUGUGUGUGGAUCGGGGGCGGCAGCAGCAGUCAGAAGCUGGGCUGUGUAACAUCACUGGAUCUGGAGACAGGGAAGAGCUUGAGCCACGAGAUUGACAGCAGUCCUGUCCUGUGUGUGGUGACGGCCAGAGCUCCUGGGUCAGACUGUGAUUGGUUAGUUGCUGGUACUGAGUCUGGUUCACUCAUCGUCAUGGAUACAUGUAGCGCAGAGAUUGUGCACUGUCUGAAGAGUGUGAAGAACUCUGUGACAUCACUGUACUUCUACACGGAUUUACAGCACAGAUGUUUAAAGAGUUACCUACUGGUGGGGACAGCAGAUGGAACAAUAGUCAUUUAUGAGGAUUCAGUCUUGAAGGUGAAUAAUGGAGAUCCAGUGAAAUCACUGCAGGUUGGAGAUGUGAACACUCCAUUGAUGUGUGUCGGCCCCUCGAGUCACUCUCAGGAGCGCAGAGCUCUGUGGGCCGGCUGUGGUACCCAGGUGAUAUCACUUACAGUGGAGGAUGGCAUCUGUAGGAGUAUAGACACAAAACCCAAACAACUCUUCCCGCAGCAGGGUCGUGUCAGCAGUGAUGCGUGUAUAUCACAGUUAGCAGUGGAUAAACACUUGUAUGUGAGUAAAACAGGAGGCCACAGUGUGGAGGUCUGGGACAAGAAAACAGAGAGGAUGGUGAACGUAAUCAACUGCGCACAGUUACUCAGUUUAGGUUCAACCAGAAAGGCCGAAGUCCAGAGUGAGGACACAUCCAGAAAGAUAGAGUCAUCUUGGGUGACUGUGAAAGCUCUUUUGGUGCAGCACAGUGGUACUCUGUGGAUUGGGACGAGAUCUGGACACAUGCUGUUAGUGGAGAUGUCCAGCUGUCAGCUACUCCAGUCCAUCAGCUCUCACUGCCACUCCAUUCACUGCAUGAGCUCUGUGCUGCUAGAGACACUAAACCGCAAGAACGUUAUUCUGGUGUUGGGAAGCCAACAACACAUUCCACAAGACCAAACCCAAUCACAAUCAGUUGAGGAUUCAGUGUUGAUUGUGUGGAACAGUUCACUUCCUCUAGAGGUCAAAGAUCUAAAUAAACAUUGUCAGCAACGAGACAACAUCAACAGAAUGAGAGACACACUCCACGACUGACCUUCCUGUCUGCCUGGGCAUCAUUUCCUGUCAUGUACUGUACAUCAUCUCGGACACAUGUAAAAUAACUUGUUAGAAGUUUCUUUAUAUUAUAUUCUGUUAAAAGGGACCUGUGUAAAAAUACCGUUUGGGUGAAAUAACAAGGGAAUCUAUAUUAUAUGUAGCUGAGCAUUAGUAUAUUUAUAUUAGGGAUGUGCCUGAAGCUGAAUACCGUAUUCAGAAAGUCACGAAAAAUGACUUCAAAACAAAUAUUGGAUUCAUCCGAAAAAAAUAAAAUAAAUAUUUGUUGACUGAUUAUCCAAGAAGCACAAGGAUAAAGCGAAAUUUCAGAUAAACGUAUCCAAAAUUACAACAAAUGUAUAUAUCUGUGCAGACAAGAUUUCUGAAGUGUAAACCUUAUGAAUGAAAAUAUGCAAGGUGUGAUUUCAGAUCGGAUGGGGCGGUCUCGACUCAGUUUGCGGUCUCUAUUAAUUGUGCGCGUUUGGAGCUUAUCAAGUGUAACUUUUACUGAGAUCAUGUACAGUUUCCACUUCUUGCAGUGUUUAUGUUAAUGUAUCACACGAUUCACACGUGAUUCUCGUGCAUUUAUUUAUUGCCUAAACCUGAGCUAAAGUGAUGAUUUCACAUCAGAGUUGACAACAUUUAUAUUCACAUCAGUUAUUAAGGUUAUUAACUGGUUAAGACUUUAUUCCGAAAAAAAGUUAAAAUGCUCCAUAAAGGUUUAAAUAAUGUAUUCAUCUAUCAGGAAUAUUCCUGCUCAUGUAAAAUGAAGAAACUGAAACAUGCUCCAUCUUUUAUUCUUCUUUUUCCUCUUUAAACUGUACUAAAUUUGAGAAUUUCAAGUUUUCUUAAAGCUCUGCAAAAGGCACUAUAUAAAUGUAACAUCAUUAUUAUCGUUAUUAUUUAAUUAAAUAAUGGUGUCCCAUUAUGGGAUUUUAAAAACUUUUUCAAACUCCUCUUAGACUGUUUGUCCGAUCGGCAUGCAAUUUGGUAUACAUCAUCUACAGACCCUCCUUACAAAAAUUUGUCAAAAGAAUUUCAAAACGUCAAAUCUGUACGAAGAUAUUAACGAUAAAACUCCUUUGGUUUAAUGCGAUUUGAGUAAUUGAUCAAUAUCUACUCAUUGCAAACUCCAAAUGUAACCAAACUAGGUGCACAUAGUCAACGGGACGAUUAGAUGUCAGCAUAGUUUCAUACUAUUCCCCCCCUAGGGGAGCGACAACUAAAACAUUUUCAGAACUUUGCAGCUGUUCGAGCAACAAAGUUCAAAUUAAAUAUGCAUCUUCUUCGGUUCAAAUUCUAACAUAUUCUUAAAGAAUUUAUUAGACAAAUUAACAAAAAUGUUCGCCACCGGCCAGUCAAAUUUCAGCACCUUAUAACUCGUAUUGGGAUUGGCUGAGGGUUAUGGAAAUUACACAAGCAGGGUGUCAACUCGAAGCCGCAUAUAACAUUUUGUGACAAUCGGCCACGCAGUGGCAGUAUAAUUAGCUCAUUUGUGUUUUUGCUCAUAACUCUGGAACCGUAUAGACGACAAAACAAAUGUUUAGCUUCUCUGAAUUCACCAGUGCCCCACAAUGAUAUGGUCACUUGGAUUUCCAUUUCCACAAGAAUUGUUUUUUAAAAUUUCAGGUUUAUUCGAGAAACAUACUUCUUCGAAGUCAUGCUAGGCCGUUUGCCCAAUUCUCACAAAACGUGGUAUAUAUCAUCUACAGAUCCUCCUGACAAAAAUUUGUCAAAAGAAUUUUAAUGUGUCAAAUCAUUCCAGAGAUGUAAGCAAAUAUGUUUUGGGCAUGGCCUAUAAUGACUAAUUAGCCUGUAUCUUGUGAACAAUUUUCAGACUUAACAAAAUGUAGCAAACACUUUGAGGUAACAUGCCGAGCUUUGUUUAUUUUUAAUGCUGGGAGUGCUAUAACUUAAUAAAAGUCUAUUUUUUCAACUGUGCAGAAAACAGGUGAAAUGUCACCAAAAUAGCCGUCACAGCAUCCAGAGGAUCUUUUCUGUCAAAUUUGAUUAUUUUGGUCAUCUUGCCAUAUGUGCUUGGCCCCCGACAAUAGUUGCUUGUGGCAAUAUUUUUUAUUAUUAUUAUUAUAUGUAUGUGAGGGACUUAAUGGGCAUCAAGUUAAGGGGCAGCAACUUUCUGAAAGACAUCUUCAUACUCCCUGCACUGCCAGAUACACAAACAAAUUCUGUUAUAAAUAUCAGGAGCACUAAUAAAGUCAUUUAUGCUAUGAUUUAUUCACGAGGGAAUUGUUUAAAGAAAUCAUAUAAUCUAAAUAUAUAUAUAUAUAUAAAAGGACUCUUAGCUGGACCUUGAGUAAUCUAAAUAUGUCAGAACUGUAAGCUGUUAGUUACACUACACACUGUGCCUACAUUAUGUAUGUUUUAGUGAUAUACUGUUCUGUCAUCCUCUAUUAAGCCAUUAUGACAAUGUAAUGCCAAUGAUUAAAGUUUCCAGUGUAUUACUUUGUAAAAUUAAGCACAAGAAUAUAGCUGAAAAAAGGCCUUCUUAAAAGAAAAUGCAGCUUUUCAUAAAAAAUUACAUUGUACAUUUUCAUGUGUUACUGUUACUCUUUCUGCUGUGGGAAUGCAAUUAUUGAUUUAUUUAUGUUUGUCAGUGGUGUACCAAGUAUGUUUUUAACAAAGAGUUGUUAUAUUUUUGGCAAAUAUAAAUUU